CGAGUCCGUAGACACCAUGGUCGAUGCUGUUUCUGCAGAACGUUUGUCGAAAUCACAAAGGGAAGAGGUCCUAUCGGCAAUUAACAACAUACAUCUGGCACUCGCCCCUCGCAUCGCCGUGCUGAGCAGUCCCGAUGUGGGCCAAGCCCUAGCCCCAAAUGGCUUCAGUGACUUUACCGAUCUCCUGAGACCAUUCCAGGACUCCAUCGAAGGCGUGUCGGUGAGAACUUCGCAGCUCGAGACGCGCCUCUGCCAAACAUUUCCCCUCAGCUUUGACGGCCUCGACCAAUUUGGCCCUUCGUCGUCGUCAUCGUCGUCAUUGUUCACGCCCGCCGAUGCACUGGCAGCAGACAAUGCGGGUGACGGUGGCAUCGAGCCUCCUCCAGCCACCCGUCGGUCUUCAACUGCCGCAAGACCAGAAGUUUUACUCGACGCUAUCAGCUCAAAGGUUUCAGCUCGUUCACGGUGGCUCGAUGAGGAUGUGGACGCCGUCGGCUCAGACGGGCGAUCCGAGGCUAUUGAAGAUAGAUUUGAUGCCGAUGCGUUUCGGGAAGCACCGCUCGAGAAACUGACUCCUUGGUUCGCCGAGUCGCGCGACAUGGUGUUCCGCGCCAGGAGCGUGAGCGAGCACGAAUCAUUUGGACACCCCGUUGCUAUUCUGUUGGUCGUUUCGGCUUCAUCGACGGAUCCGAUGAAUGCCUUCGCCUCGCUUUUUGAGGCAUCGCAGCCACAUGUCACAACUGCCUUUUCGAAAAGGCCUUACAUCGACCCCCUUGUGCUUCGCUACUAUGUGCUCCUGCAUGAUGUCUCGCAAAGCGGCCCCGAUCUGUCCGAGUCCAUCUCGCUGCUCGAGAAUGUUAAAAAGACAUAUGGCUUAUACUGCUGUCUGCUCCCCAUCAACUCGGCAAAUUCAACAGAGCGCUCUGAGCUGUUAAACAAGUCUCCAGGGAUCUCGGACAUCUGGCAGCGGGCCUUGCAGAACGAUCCCAGAGCACCGCUUCGUCGACCAAAUAUUAGGACACCUGCCGAAGCCGAGCAUUCUUCUGGAUUUGCCAAGGGUGAAGUCGAGUCCGAGUCCGAGGCCAAGCCCGUGCCAAUAAGAAAAGGUCGCGGACUGAUAAUGAGCGAGGACAAAGCGAAGAGGGACGAAGGUCGAUGGCGCACACCACCGGGGCGAGGAGAUGACGUUGGAAAUGAGGAUCACUUGGGCAUGACGUCGGAAUCAAAACAAGCGUGGAAGUCGUCACUUGCUGGCUCAACGAAAGAGUUCGACAGCUCAUCAGACACUCAGAGAUACGGUCGGCUCCUCGACGACGACGAUGUAAAGAGGAUCAAGGCUUUUGUCCGCGAGCUUGCUGCGCAGAAUAUCGUACCAUUUUUGGAGCGAUGCGUCAGCUUGUGGAACGAGCAGCUAGCGGCAUCUCGCAGAGGUCUCACGGGUCGCCUUUUUGGUGCCGGACGCAAGCUUUUUGCGACUGCCUCGAAUCGUGGGUCACCGACCCAGCCGACGCCCAGCUUUGCAAACAUGGGCUUCUACCCUCAUUCGAGCCUAGAAGCUCAAACACGUCGUUUGGCCGACUUUGCCUUUACGACGAGAGAUUACAAACUGGCAGCUGCCAUGUACGACCUGGGACGAAAGGACUACGCCAACGACAAAGCCUACAAGUAUCUUGCGGGCGCAAAUGAAAUGUUUGGUCUAGCCCACCUGAUGAUGAUGCUCGGAACGCGCACAAACCCCGUCGACGUCGAUAGUUACCUCUCUAGCGCCUGCCAUAAUUACACGGUGGCGCCACGAAGGAAGGGCAGCGCGCUGCAGACCGACAGCCUUAGGGCCACCUUGCUCUUCUACGAAGCCUAUCGUGCACUAUCCUAUUACCGGUCCGCGCCCACCGCUCUGGUCAGGACGGCAAUGGAGGGAUCUGGGGAUUCGGAGAAUGACAUCGAAGUGGCGGGAGCCUUGCUCUUAGAGCAAGCCGCAAUCUGCGAUAUGCGUCAGUCAGGUCGUCCUGCGCUUCGCAAAUGCGCUCUUCACCUCAUCAUGGCCGCUCAUCGCUACGGGUCCUGCGGGCAGAAGCACCUCAGCUAUCGGUGUUUCUGCGCCGCCGCAACUGUCUAUCGGGGCCAAAGACGAUCUCAAGGUGCCAUUGACUCGGUCAGCGAGGCCGAAAGAGAGAAGGGCGGCUUGGCAGUGCAAGGAGGAGACAAGAAGGAGACCGAGGAUGGAGGGACGCAUCUGUUUGACAUGGUCGCUCGCUCGCAAGGAUCUCGAAUGGAAUGGCGUCUCAUCGAAGACCACACCGAACAUCAGCUGGCCGAGCAGGCCAAUAAUGACGGGAACGUUGAGCAAGCGAUUGCUCACUUCUGGCGUCUCGUACGAAGACAAGGGCGGCAUGCGGCACAGCGGGGCAUCGAUGAGGAUGCCAAACAGCAUGCCAUCUACCUUAACGGCCUUCUUACUUCAUGCAAAUACAUCAGCAGGCCACUCGCCGAUGUGUUGGAGCAUCAUAACCUUCCUCUCUCACUCUCUCUAGUGGACAAGAAGAGCUCUUACAUCAGGACAUCGACGAAGUCUCUUCCUCAGGAUCCAAUGUGGCGAGUGUUUUCGAGUGUCGCUAAUCUCGACACAGACGUGGCUUCAAGUGCCAGCAACAUGGUCACUGUAGACGAAACUUUUGAGGUCGCCUUGGCUGUCGUCAACCCUCUCGCGAUACCUCUGAUGUUGAACGGAUUGACUGUUGAGUUCGACCGCUUAGACGGUGUUGCGGUGGACGGUAAGCCUCUUCCGGUGAGAGUUGAGACCGUGACGCUCGAACCUCGACAGCAUCGCAGCUUCUCAGUCGCCGUGAGGUCGCCCGACCGGACCGGUUCAUUCCGUUGUGCAAGGGUCCGGUACACCCUGCAAGGACAAAUUAACAUCAUUGAGGUUCUCGACAAGCAUGGGCGAAGACUCAAUGAUACCAAAGCUCAGCGCUCGUCUACGGACCCGAUAUACGCGCGGGACGAAACGCUCACCGUUGUCGUUCACGAACCCAAGCCCAAGCUCGAAGCGAGACUUACCUCCGCUCCUGGCGUCCUGGGUCUGGGCGAAGAGGUAAAGACUUUUGUCGAGCUGCACAACGCGGGCAAGGUACCCUUGCGUAAUGUUGUUGUCGUGGCCAGCCGAUACGAUGUCAUCAUGAGCUUCGAAGCAGCUCAACAGCUGUCCGUAGAGGCGAUGACGGGAAAUGACGUUUUCGAAUACGAACCGAUGAUCGUCGAGCUUCCAAAGGGCGAGCUUGGCCAAGGGAGCAAAACUUCAUGGCCAGUCUUGGUUCGCGGGACCUGCUUAGGGCCUUUCACCAUUCGCCUCGUGUUCAAGUACGAGGCCCUAAACGGAGGAAAAUAUCAGACAUGGCUCGAGCAUCACGUUCGUGUCGAGCCUGUUGUCGACAUCGCCGUACACGCUGGGCCGUCGCGUUGCCAAGACUCAAUCACGUACGACGUGAGGCUUGAUGCGGUUAAUCUAAGCCCUUCCGGCGAGAGGGUCACCAUCGAUCACAUCUCCGUUCUCAGUCCCUCAUGGCGUGCUGUCCCCGCUCACAGCAACAAUGAUCAAAUGAAAAGCCUCGAGAGUCUCGAGUCUCGGCAAGGACGCAGUACGGCUUUUACCGUCUCUCGCUCUGACCUUAUUGCAUCUGAAAGAGAGGCGUCCAGGUACACCGGCGAGCACCUGAGCGCCCUCCUCUUAGGUCGCGACAUCGACAAGUCUUCGAAGCCGCCUUCCUUGAAGCUGACGACGACGAAUAUCUCAAGCAAUGGAGCAGAAGCCACUGGUGUCACACCUUUCGUCACCCCAGCGAAAAGAGAGUGGCAGCGCACUUGGCUUGCUCGACAAUUUGCGUCCAUACCAGAUGAGCUUCGUCGACGUAUUUUUGCGUUCCAUCAGCCGAAUGAUGUCGAUAUCAUUGCACACUGGACCAUGUCAGCAUCCAAGCGGCAGGGACAAGUCUUCGUAUUCGGUCUACAGCUUGGACCAGGGUAUGAUCACUUUCACGACAUUCUGGAGCAUCCCAGUCAGAAGGGUAUGCGAACUAUCUAUGCUCAGGCAGCUCAAGAAAAAGCUGCUAUUUUGAACGACUUGACAAGCAGCAGGCUGCACAUUGAGGAAGAGCCUAUCGUUCUUGAUAUGGAGUCUCCAGCUUCGCUCGUCCACGAUUUUGAGAAAAUCAGUCGUGCUAUCUUCACGGUGCCACUGCUCGUUCGCAACCUCUCCUCCGUUCGCUCGGUCGAAUUCACCCUGCAGCUGGAUGACGGGGCCCACACGGAUCAGCAGCGAGCCUCGUGGAUCGAUCGUCUGACCUUUCGCGGCUCUUUAGAGCCCUUGAGCCACGUGAUUUUGAGCGCAAAGGCCAGCGUCUGCUCAGCCGGACGCUCAGAGCUGGGUGCGAUCCUGGUCAGAACCUUUGUCAAGGGCCCUGACAGGACGCAAGGCAGCGUUAGCAGCAUUAUCAACGAGUUCGCCCGUUGGGAGGAGUGCACACGUUCCAUAGAUGUCUUGCAGCUGUCCCGAUGAUCCGUCCACACUCGUAGUGUAGCUUUGACCUGAAAACCAAUUGACGCUCCA